UCAAAUUAUGGCUCCUAGUUUCAGUUGGCUGCCCUGUUUAAAUCCCAGUGACGUUUUAUUCGUAUUUUCCUCCAAAUUUUCCCCGUUUUAUAUAGUUUUUUGUAAUAAUGUCCGCUAAUGAGAAGCUUAUCCAGAAUCUAGAGAUCCAACUGGACAGAUUGGUGUCACAAUUAAAAGAUCUCGAGGAAGCAAAAGAAGAUCUCGAUGAUGAUGAAUUUGAAUCAAUAAAAGAAGAUACAAUUGAACAAAUUAAAGAAUUCAAUGAGAGACUGUCUCGCAUGAAUCAGGGAGAUGUGACACUGGACAGCAAAUUUUCAAAAAUGAAAGAGUCUAUCAGAAAGGCAAUUGCUACGUCUUUCAACACACUGGAAAUGAUAAAAAUGUUCGGGGAACAGAAUGCCAGUGAACUUGAGAAGCAGCUGCUACAGAUCGAUGAGGAAUUUCGGCUCAAAAAAAUCACAAAGGAGCAAAUGGAAGAGAAGAAAGUGGAGAUUUUGGGAAAAUUGAAAGCUCAGGGACAUCCACUGUCUGCCAAAGAUUGCCAAUUUAUCGAAUCCAUGAGCCAGAAGCAACUCCAGGAACUGGAAGAGAUUACAGAAGAAGACUGACCAGAUGACAACCCACCAUCUCCCAAUCUUGCCAUUUGCUAUGCUUUUCCGCCCCAAUAGCAAGAGUUUUUGGUCACCAAUUUUUCUUUUUCUUUUCCAUGUAGGAAAAAAAAGUUGAAAGGCGGAAAAAUUAGAAAAAAAACGACAUUUUCUUUUACUUCCGUUUCGUGUCCAGCCUCAAAACCUAGAUCCAUUUUACGACUCGCCAGGUGAGAAAUUAACUAUUGAAGCUGGGAGUGAAAAGCCGGAGAAGGGGACGCAAAAUAAAAUUGGGACAAAUGGCUAAGCUUUUCCUUGGAGAGCACAAAAGAGUCAAAGGCUGCAAUUUCUACAAAUGAUUAGGUGUGAUUCCUUCUAAUCACACCUAUUGUAAUCCUCGGAUUUUCUCAAAGUGCUCCGAUCGAGCUGAAAUUCACAGGGUACAGUAGACUCUCUCAAAUUCGGGCAUAUAGGACCGAAAUGUCAGCCGAAUUAGACAGAAAUUCGGGCGACAUGUGCAUAUAGAUAUUCAGUUUACACACUGAUAUAUAUCGUAAAUUGCAUGAAAAUCCCUCAAUAAUGCAAAAUCACAUCAAAACUAAGACAAACCAUGCUAAAUUUGAGCAUAUUUGAUUCAUUUGAUAACCAUAAUCAAACUUGAAAAAUGACAACAAACCAACCGUAUGCCCGAAUUAAAAAGUAGCCCGAUCUUAAAAGAGCCGAAUUUGCGAGAGUCUACUGUAUAUGUUUUGAACAUCCCUGAUGCCGAAAAUCAUAAGCCGGAAAUUUCGAGUCCGGCAGUCCGUAGUACGCAAUAUCUCUGGUUUGGAUAGAUAUCUUCAUAAUUUUUGUUUUUAAAUAUAUCUACGCGCGCGUACGAUGAUUUCUGUGCUAUUAGUUUUCUGAAAAACUGGUUCUAAACCGUUUAAAAAUCACGUUUUGUAGUUUAUCUCGAAAUCUAGGUAGGGGAGGGUGGGACAGUUUAACGACGGGGCAGUUUCAAUUUUUGCAUAUUCUUCUUAUCCUUUUGAAAGGAAUGGGAUAAAACCUUUAUGUUAUUGAAGAGAUAACUGAGACCCAUGUUCAUAAAAAUAAUUAAUUUCGUGACGCUUCUCGUUUGAAUUCUCUAAUUGAUUUUGUAAAACUGCAUCAAAAUGAAACUUUUUGUAAUGUUUUAAUUUCAACAAUUUCUGAACUAUUGCAGAAGUUGAUGGAAGUAACAUAAUUGUAUUAAAUUACCAGUGGUUUUAUGAUUAUUAUAAGGCAUUUAGCGUUGAAUUAAUUUUAAGACGGUUCUGACAAUUUUGAAUUAAGUUCCGAAAGUGCGUGAGCGGCAGUUUCAUGCAAGUACACGGAGAAGUUUUCAGUGUCUAUCAAUUUACAUUUUUUAAACAAAAUCAACUUAAAAUGAUCAUUGAAAACGUUUUGUAGCUGUAAUUGUCCAUAAAAUUCGAAAUUAUGGGAAGUAGUAUUUCCUAGAAGUUAAUAAAAAAAUUAAAAAAAAAAUAAUCUUUCAGCGUUUUUUAAGUGCUUAAAAAUGAUUAAUUUAAUUGUUAUAAUAUCUUUUCAGGAUGUUUUCAGCAAGAUAUUGUAAAUUUUUUUUAGUAUUAUAAAAAUUCAAGACUUUAAAAUACUAUUAUAAAACUGUUAUACUAAGAAGGACAUGUUAUAAGGCAAUAUAAUGAUCCAACAAUGUACAGAAUUAGUUUAGCACUACAAAAGACAUUUCUUUCGUAUAAAAAUUUUAAAAAAAAAUGCUCAAUUAAUGAGAAAUACGCUUGGAAAUCUUUGGCGAUAUUUUAUUUUCUUUGUGUGAUCAAUUAGUGUUCAAAUUCUGUUAUAAAGUUCUUGUUCGAUUAUAUUUUUAUGUAUUAGUUUAGAAUCUUUGAAGACUUCAAAAUAGCAAUUUUAAUCAAUUCUGAUAUCGCAAGUUUCCUAUACACACGUUUUCUCUUUCUCAAAAAUAGCCUCAUAUUUAUCUUGAAAUUGCCCCGCAAUGGGGGACUUUCACACAUUCUGCCUUUCAAGUGAAAUGAAUUUCUCCACAAUACACUAAUGAAAUUAAAGGAUUAUUGUUAUUAUUUUCAUUAACCCUAAACCCAACUGUAAUUCACAGAAUAUACAAAGUUUUACUUCUGUUUAUCAUCUUUUUGCAAAAUGGUCCCAAAAUUCAUCUUGCAAUUUAGAGGUGAAACUGCCCCACUCUCCCCUAUGCGAUUUUGAAUUUUUUAUGUUUGUAUUGUUCCAUUCCAGAAAAUUUAGACCAAUUUAAAAAAAAUUAUGACAUUCGUCGAGCAGUUCUUGAGAUAUUUCACUUUAAAGAUUUCAAUUUUAAGAAAAUUUGCUGUUAGCGUCAGGCGGGAAAAAAGCGGGAGAAGCGGCGUCGGACGGUCGGACAAGCUUUCCUUAUAUAUAUAGCACUCUCUCACUCUCCCUUUCUCUCUCUCGCUCUCUUCAAGAGAGAGAGAAAAAUACGCGGGGCGCGUAUUUUUUCGUGAAUUUUCGUUGGGCGCGAAUAUUUUGGCGAGGCGUGAAUUUUUUCGCUGAUUUUCGCGGGGCGAUUUUCAGACACUUUUAUGCAUUUCUCAUCCAAUUUUUUUCAUUUUCAAGUGAAUGUUUGCACAUAUCUAGCCUGAAAGAGGCUCUAAAGGGACGUAAAGUUUGAGGCCUCUAUCUCCCAUAGUUUCCGAGAUAAUCGACUUUAAAGAUUUUCAGACACUUUUAUGCAUUUCUCAUCCAAUUUUCCUUAUUAAUAACGAUAAGAAGUUACAUACAAUUUAAACGAAAUUUGCAUUAUUUAUGUAUAAAUAUCGUUCAAGUUUGCCACAAUCCGAAUUUGCAACGAAGGAAUCACACCACUAUAAGCUGAUUUAGGCUUAUCACUGGCUUUUUAAGUACAUGCAAACUUUGCUAUAUUUAUGUAUUUUCAGAAAAGUUUUGGAGCAGAAUUUGUGGGAGAAAUGAACAUGAAAAUAAAGUCAAGGAGAAAAUUAAUGAUUAAACUUAAUGAUUUUCUAAGAAAUAACUUAAUAUUCGAUGCAUUGUAAAUUGUUUAAAAAUAAAAAAAAAAGCUUUUUCAGGCGACAAAAUCAA